UAGCUAUAGAUGCAUGAUAUAUCAGAGUACGUACGUACGUACGCGAGUAGAUAGAUCGAGUGCAUGGCCAUAUGGAAUAUGUGCAUUUGAUACGAAUAGUGUAUACGUCUCGCUCUCAAGUUGCCCAACAAUCUUUAAUUUCAACCAAGUUAGUUUUAUUUUCACCGUGAAAGAAGUACAGCUAGCUGUGGUGUAUAUAUAGUCUACUGUCAAUUGAGAACACCCUAGACCCUGCCAUGGAGAGCUUGAUCACGGUUGGUGUCAGUGACACUGACAGUAAAAGGGACUUCACUACAAGUACUACUACGUCUGUUACGCGUACAACUCCAAGUCCAACAAUUUUGACGUCUCCAACAAGUAGUAGUACUAGUUCUAACGCUGAAUGCAUGGCUGAAUGUAAAGGUGUCCCUAUCCCUGAAAGAGUACUCAUCUAGCUUACAUUAUGUGUACGCAGCUAGCCCAUAUCACAUGCAUUGCAAGCCGACGCGAUCGACGAAGCCCACGCGCAUGCGUAGUGCGGGUGUACUGCGUAAAUCAUAUUCUCUAUAAAUAGCCUCUCGCACUAGUCGCUUCCUGAGUGAAGUUCUGCAAUUUUACGCAGUAACGGUAGGGAAAAGAAAGACGCCUCCUGGACCGUGUGUAAAUAAUGGACUAUAUUGCUGGGGAAUCCCCGUAUAUCAUCGGGUCUAAUGAAUCAAGGUGAUAUCACCUCUGAUAUCUCUUUGGCCUGAUGGGGCCUCACAUUCGAAUUUACAUUUAGGGGAAUUUCCUUUCGAUCGAGAAAAAACGAGUGCCCUCGGCUUGACUAGACUGCAUUACAAUGAAUAGCCACUAGAUUCGAGAAAAUGAUCUUCCGAAUAUUUCCGCCAACACAAUCAUAAAGUGUUUAUCAAAACAACGAACUCAAUCAUCUAAACGAUAGACCUACUUCGGGCCAGGAUACCGGCGAACUCUCACUCUCAAUUCAAGGAAAUUCUUUUACUCAUCAACACGGUGGUAUUGAUUGCUCAAUCUUGAAUUUCCUUUCCCACAGCUGAAGCUUUACAUAUCAACUAUCUUGUCGAGACGGUACUCUCUAUCCAUGCUAAGAAGUCAACUGCUUGAUAUAUACCCCGGAAUAAUCAUGGACGAGUGUUCUUUUACUGCGAUUUUGUUUUUCAUUACUUUCAUAUCAAAUCCCUGUUUGGCGAUGUAUACAAUUUCCGGCUAUAAAUUAAUCUCAAAAGAUCGGCAUAAUGCUGGAAUUGUCGAGGUUUUUAGCCAGGAGCGUGGAUGGGGAAUUCCUUGUCAAGAUGACUGGGACUUUGAACUAGCAAGCAUAGUUUGUCGUCAGCUAAACUUUCCGGGAACUGCUCUUCAACCCAGCGGAGUGAAAUUCAACGACGACGAUAAUUGGCCGAUGGCAAUCAGACAAAACAUAUCAACAUAUUACCAAGGCUGUUCAUCUGUCAAUGGGACAAACUUGCAAUGUGAAAUCUUCACUAGCAAUUGCAAUGGGAACUUUGAAUUACAGAUAGGAGCCGUUUCUUGCAAAGAGCCUGGAUAUCUCGGAUGUUAUGGAGAUAAAAACCACAAUUAUGUUAGGAGCAGAGACCGCGUGCUUGACAGUCAACCUCUUGACGAUGACAAGGCUCUGACGGUUGAUCGAUGUGUUACAAUAUGUGAAAGAAGUAAUCAUUUUUACGCUGGGGUAGAAUUCAGUCAUCAAUGUUUCUGUGGCACACAGGGUGAAGACAUUUACCGAGAUGGAAAACUCCCGGAUGGGGAUUGUAGUGCUAUUUGUACUGGAGAUCGCCUUGAAUCAUGCGGAGGCUCAGACAAGAUUUCAAUUUACCAAGUUGGCCUCGGUGUUUGCGAAGACCCCGGUACCCCUUCAAACGGAUUCCAAUAUAACGAAACGGAUCUUCUCCGCUAUGGUAGCAAGGUAUACUUCAAUUGCUCCGAUGGAUAUGAUCUACAAGGACACGAUGUUAUCCAAUGUGUUCAGAAGUACAUUACUAGGAGCGAAAGUCCUCCCAAUAGCACACAUGACGUUGUUUGGGAUCAUGAUCCUCCAACAUGUAGACCAACGGGUUUUCUGUCAACUUCACCCCCUUUUCUGACGACCAAGGUAAAAGAAAAAACCAACCCAAUUCCAUCGACCAGCACAAAUAGCAUGAAGCUGACCAAGGAUCAAAAAGGUUUUAGUUCCACUUCACCUUCACAUUCACCACUUGUGACCGCAAAUCACGAAGAGGAGAGUUACCAAAUCACGUUCACUGGCAAGGCGGAUGUGAAUCACACUGAAGACAAAAUUGGUAUCAUCUAUAUUAGUGUUGGCGCUACCUCCGGUCUCUUAAUCAUUGUCUUUGCCAUUGGAUUGGUCUUUCUUUGCAGAAGACAUAAUAGAAAAACCCACAACCCAGUUCGCCCGGUUACUGAAAGCACGUGUGCGUCUAGUCACCAUGGCAACGGGGCAGGUAGUCCUCUGAUGUCGAGGGCAGAUGGAGAGCAUGACUUUGCACUAACCGAACUAACCAGCCACCCGGAAACCGCUGGAGAAAACGAUUACGGCGAGAGCAUCGAACUGCGAACUCCAAUGCGCACCGAAAUGCCGGAUAGACCGGGGAUUUCAAGAGAUGCAUUCGGAUACGAAUCGAUUCGCUUACCGUCCACGGACGACGCAUCGGCCGGUUUGCCGGGUAUAACGGAUGCAAUGACCGCGAACGAAGCGGCUUACGAGAACUCGGAGUUCCACGAAGAUCCGACUCAUCUGAUUGAUAAUGAACUGUAUGGCAAAACUUUCCUCUGAUGUCAUAAACUUUAUUA